AUGUCGAUUUACCUGGAAUUAUACGACGUGGACGAAGAGUGGUUGCUGCUCACACCCUGCUCAUCGUGUGCAACGGUUGUGGGUCCUCAAGAUGAUGUCGGCGAUUUGAAUGCGAUUGAUUCUUCCAUAUCUUCACCAAUUUCUCGGCCUAGUUCAACAGACCAGAUCACGAUCAUACUCCCCAACUUGAUUGAUCGUUUCACAUUUUCGAUCAACGAUGUGGUGCACUUUGUGAGCCAAUACCUCCACCCAUGCCCACAGGUGUCCGUCAACCAUCUUCUAAUCUAUCUACUUCUGCAGAAUCUGGAUUCCGCAGUCACUUGCAUCAACAACCUCAAGCUUCUUCACACUGGCAAACAGUACAGUGUGCUGACCUUGGCAGACUUGCUGGCACUGCUGCCUCUGUUAGAUGCUAUCACUUCCCGUUUCUCCAUCUUCCAACUCUUCAUUUCUUCCAAUCUUUCCUCGCCAGCUAUCACACUCGACAUCGAGUCUUUGCUCGCGAAGACCACAGAAAUAUCUGAUACCACUAUCAUACCCCCUGCGGUCACCUAUGCGGAGGCCAUGGUGAGGUCAUUCAAGAGAAUCAGAAGAAGACUGUCGGUGGUGUCGUCAGCAAGUCGGAGGGCAUCUAGGACUCUGACCAAUUCUCUGCAAGAUUCGUCGACAGACGUGGAAGACGUCGAGAUGCUGCUGAAAACAAAGCUACAUAGAUCCUGGAGACGGUGCUUCCGCCGAGCCUCUGUGCCCGCUGACGUCGUUAUGUAA